AGUUUUAGAUGUUAGCACUUUAAGUUGGUACGCGUUAUGCGAUUAACACGAAGACGCGUCUUGACGCGCUUACUUCUAAUCUUUCAAUUAAACAAUUAGUUAAACAAUUAAACUUGCCCCUCCACCUGUCAAUCUAUAUCCUUAUUAGACACCUAACAUUGUUGAUUAGAAUAAUGACCGUAUUGAAUUAAAUUUAUAAAGUCUCGUCAAAUUAAUUCUACUAAAAUGCCUCACUCAAUAUCGCCCGAGACCGAUAACCAAAAUCCCACCGUCGAAGAGACCAUGGCCGACGCCCCUACUAGAACUGACGAGAGUCAAGAUACCGACAAUGAUAUUACUAUGGCGGAAACAGAUGCAUUGUCAGUUCCCGUAAAAGAGGAGGACCAAAAAGACGUCAAGCUAGAUGAACUAUUUGCGGAUGUAGACUCGGACGAUGAAUUCCCUAGUUCACGGCCGGGCGAAAAUAAGUUCUCGAGCUCCCCCGAGGCUCCAGCAUCGCCCAUUAAUGGGGCCGUGUCUAUGAAAGCUUCUGACCCUGAGAUCAUGCGCAUGUUCUACCAACGAUUCUUCCCUUGGCGUUAUCUGUUCCAGUGGCUUAAUCAUAGCCCGACUCCUACCAACGACUUUGGUCAUCGCGAAUUUGCUUUCACUUUACAGGGUGAUAUAUAUUCGCGAUAUAACUCCUUUCCUAGUGCCGACUUACUUCGAAAAGACGUACUACGUCUGUUACCGUCCCGUUUCGAAAUCGGACCCGUAUACACCACAAACCCUCGUGACCGCAAGACGUUGCGGAAUUUAAACUCGUUUAAGCCGCUGUCUAAAGAGUUGUGCUUCGAUAUCGAUUUAACAGACUACGAUGACAUCCGAACGUGCUGCGAUAAGGCGAACAUAUGUAAUCGCUGUUGGCAAUUCAUCACUAUGGCCAUCAAAGUAGUGGAUGUGGCCCUACGUGAUGACUUUGGGUUCAAACACAUCAUGUGGGUUUACUCAGGACGAAGAGGUGCGCACGCUUGGGUAUGCGAUAAAAAGGCGCGGACGAUGGACGACCAGAAGCGUAGGGCUAUUGCGGGAUACCUCGAAGUAAUCCGUGGUGGUGCGCAGAGUGGGAAGAAGGUUAAUGUAUGGCGGCCACUACACCCGCAUCUAAGUCGGAGUUUAAAUAUUCUGGCGCCUCAUUUCCAAGAAGACGUCCUAGAGGCACAAGACCCAUGGGCAUCGCCGGAACGGGCAGAACAUCUCCUUUCCCUGCUCCCUGAUAAAGCAUUAAAUGAUAGCUUACGAAAGAAAUGGGACUCUUCGCCUGGACGUGCGAGCACUUCGAAAUGGGCCGAUAUCGACUCGCUCGCCCGUUCAGGGAGCGGUAGUAAGAACCUUGAUACGAAAGCGCUGCUGGAUGCCAAGCAAGACAUAGUUCUCGAGUACACCUACCCGCGCCUCGAUAUCGAGGUCAGCAAGAAACUAAACCAUUUACUUAAAUCACCGUUCGUUGUACACCCCGGCACGGGACGAGUGUGUGUACCGAUCGACACGCGGAAGCUGGAGGACUUCGACCCGCUCGGAGUGCCGACGGUACAGGGAUUACUAGAGGAGAUCGACACGUGGAAGGCUGAUGCCGGGGAGGAUGGCUCUGAUGACAAGGUGAAGAACCUUCAAGACUGGGAGAAGACGAGCUUGCGGCCUUAUGUCGAGUAUUUCCGGAGCUUCGUGCUGGCGCUCAUGAAAGAUGAGCGGGAUCCGAAGAUUAAGCGCGAGAGGGAGGAGAGCGAAGCGAUGGAAUUCUAAUAGGUACCUAGGUAGGUACCUGUUAUAGGAGACAUUGUGAACUUUGGUGUUCUCAGCUAUUUCGGCUGUUAUGGUUUGUUGGUAUACACUCGGUACUAUGACAUAGGCAUGGAGUUUAGGCAUUCUACAUUAUUUGAGGCUGGGGCACGAAUCAUACUGUCAAAUGCUUGUCUUUUCGAAGCCUUUGCUGCAGCUUGCGUUUACGAUACUUCCUGGCUGAGGAGCUUCUGCUUUACCAUAGCUAC